AUGCUCGACCAUCUCGACGGCAACCUUGCACACUACCGUGUAUCACACGAAAAUGCCUUUCUGCCUGAUCGGCUGCCACUCCAACGGCUACCAGACCCUUACUACGCCGAGUGGGAAUCGGUGAUAGAAAUUCUGCCCCAACUUUUGCGCUCCGGCGAGCUCAUUUCGGCAAUCAACGACCUCCCAAUCCUUGAGACUUCGAGAUUGAGCAGCGAAGAGGAAUGGAGAAGAGCAUAUGUAAUCUUGGGCUUCUUCACGCAUGCAUACAUUUGGGGUGGAGAAAAGCCGUCAGAGGUUCUCCCUCCAUGCAUUACCUUACCGUUCCUUGAGGUCUCGGAGCACCUCGGACUGCCGCCAACUGCAACUUACGCUGCGGUGAAUCUCUGGAAUUACAAGACCGUCGAUCCCACCGUGCCGCUUUCUGUUCCGGAGAACCUCCGGGUGCUGCACAGCUUCACGGGCACCGACGAUGAAGCCUGGUUCUACCUCAUCUCCGUCGCCAUCGAGUCGCGCGGCGCCCACACGGUGCCGCUCAUGAUGCAGUGCAUUGACGCGGCAGCGCGGGGCGACCACUGGAAGGUGGUUCAGGGGUUGGACUCGCUGCGGGUCUGCAUCAACGAGCUCGGGGUGAUCCUGGAGCGCAUGUACGAGCGGCUCGACCCACAAGUCUUCUACUUCCACAUCCGGCCCUUCCUGGCCGGCAGCAAGGGCAUGGCCACGGCCGGCCUGCCGCGCGGCGUCUUCUACGACGAGGGCGACGGCAAGGGCGAGUGGCGCCAGUACAGCGGCGGCAGCAACGCCCAGAGCUCGCUCAUCCAGUUCUUCGACAUCGUGCUCGGCGUGCGCCACACGUCCGGCGGCGAGCUCAUCAAGAACAGCUUCAUCGAGGAGAUGAGGUUCUAUAUGCCCGGCCCCCACCGCCGCUUCCUGCAGUACCUCGACCGCGCCGCCAACAUCCGCGAGUACGCCCUCAACCCGUCGACCGAGAACACGGUGCUCGAGGCCUACGACGCCGCCGUGGCCGCCCUUGCCGCCUUCCGGGACAAGCAUAUCCAGAUUGUGACAAGAUACAUCAUCAUGCCCUCGCGCAUGAAAGCGCAAAAAACAAACACGGUCAACAUCGCAUCUGCGUCGUCAAUCCAGGAUGGCGAGGACAAGGCCGAUAAGAAGCUUUACGGAACUGGCGGCACGGCCCUGAUACCCUUUUUAAAGCAAACUAGGGAUGAAACGAAGAAGGCGGCGAGCUCGCAGUGA